AUGGCGGGGCAGCAGGCGCUGCUUCUAGUCGGAUUCCAACUGCCUGGCCUCCUGCUCUCAGAGGCUGCCAAAAUCCUAACUCUGUCCCUGGUGGGUGGAAGCCAUUUUCUACUGACGAAUCGGGUCUCUCAGAUUCUUCAAGAUCAUGGUUGUAAUGUCACCAUGCCUCUCCGGAGAGGAAAUUUAUUACCACCAGGUUUUAAAGAGGAGGAGAAAUGAUACAAAGUUAUUAACUGGUUUCUACCUGAAGACUAUAACAAAGAAUUUAAGAAGUCUUUUCAUUUAUUUAUGGAAGAAACUUUUGAGGGCAGAAGCACAUUUGAACAUGUUUUAACUAUUUUGGAGCAACUAGGGCUUCAGUGCAGUCAUUUGCUAAGGAGAAAUGAUACUAUGAAUUCCUUAAAGAAUGAGAACUUCUGGGCUUCCCUGAACUUUGACCUGGUGAUAGUGGAAAUUUUUGACUACUGGCCUUUCUUGGUUGCUGAGAAGCUUGGAAAGCCACCCUUGUCUUAUGUGCCAGUAUUCUAUUCCUUGUUAACUGACCACAUGGACUAAUGGGGCUGAGUAAAGAAUUCCCUGAUGUUCUUUGAUGUUCCUGAUGUUCUUUUGCCCUUCAUUCUUUUCUAUCCCAGGCCUGAUGUCUGCAGCCAUCAAAGUCACAGGCACCCUCACGUCCACCUUUUUGUCACCCAUGGUGGGAUAAAUAGUGUUAUGGAGGCCAUCCAACAUGGCGUGCCCAUGGUGGAGAUUCCCCUCUUUGGAGACCAGCCUGAAAACCUGCUCCUAGUAGAAGCCAAAAAUUUCGGUGUCUCCAUACAGUUAAAGCAGAUCAAGGCUGAGACAUUGGCUUUGAACAUGAAGCAAGUCAUAGAGGACAAGAGGCAGAAAUCUGCCAUGGUCGACACCAGCAUCAUGAAGCGCUCCCACCCCCUGACCCCCAGCCAGCGGCUGGUGGGCUGGAUCAACCACAUCUUGCAGACAGGGGGUGCAGCUCACCUCAAGCCCCACACCUUCCAGCAGCCGUGGUGGCAUGAGCAGUACCUGCUGGCCCUCUUCUCGUUCCUGCUGGUGGUCACCCUGGGCACCGUGUGGCUGUGUGGGCAGCUGCUGGGCCUGGUGGCCAGUGGUCACCCUGGGCACCUCGUGGUUCUGUGGGCAGCUGCUGGGCCUGGUGGCCAGGUGGCUGUGUGGGACCAGGAAGCUGAAGAAGGUCUGAGGCCAAGUGGAGCCUUGGAGAGGGUGUGCUGGGGAGCCACUGGUUCUUUGAAGGCUUCCCGCAGCACUGUACACCGCUGGUUAAAGGAUAGCUGCCCACUUCCCAUCCCCCUUAACCCCCGCCAAGCUUCUAAGCAGCCCAUGAUCUACUUCUGUGUCUCUGAAUCUGAACUUGAGCUUCUGGAUUGCCCCCGACCAACGGACACUUCUACUCAGACCAGCCUGCUUCAGCCUCUCUGUCCAGGAGGCUUCUCAGGCUCUUUCCCAAUUUCUCCUUCUUUCACUUUUCAUAGAACUCACAUGAGCUAUUUGGCAGAUUCUUCCAUGUGGGCCUUCUUGCAUCUCCUUUUCAUCUUGCCUUCCCAGAGACUGGGAAACCUGGUCUCCGUCCUGCAGGUCAGCAGGGACACCGCCCCCAGGACCCCGUCUUUGGUCUCUGCCCGAGUCCCCUCCUGCGCAGAGCACCUCCUUUGCUGUCAGUCCUGGAGCCUUUGGUCCACAGCUGAUGCUGCUUGCUUCCCACUGUUCACAGUUGCCUCCUCAGUAUCCCCACUCAAAUAA